AUGGCCAAAGGACCUUUCCUCACGGUUGAAGACAUGAAGGCAUGCUUCAAUCUCUUUUGCUGUAUCUACGGCAUUGGAACGCUUGGUAUGCCGGGUAACUUCGCCCGCUCCGGUCCUGUGAUCGCCGUUAUUGCUAUGGCGUUCAUGGCGUUCGCCAACAUCUAUUCGUCCCUUUCAAUGUCCAAGGUGAUGCUGCUAGCCCCGCGAUCGGUCAAGACGUUCGGUGACCUCGGCGAAUGGGCAAUGGGCACAACCGGCCGCUGGCUGUGCAUCAUCUCUCAGAUGGGUUCCUGCCUCCUGAUCCCGUGUGUGUUCCUCGUCCUCGGCGGUCAGUUGCUUGACGGUCUCUUCACCGACGCUUUCAGCCAGACCACUUGGAUCAUCCUCAUGGCUCUGACGGUGCUGCCGGUCUGCCUCGUGCCGACCCUCAAGGAAGGUUCGGGCUCUGCUUUCGCUGGUUGCAUGGGCACCAUUAUCGCCGAUAUUAUCGCUGUGGCACUUGUCAUGCACGGCAUGCGUGGUCACCCCAGCGUCCCUUUCCCGGAGCUGAAAUUCUCCCAGGUGGUUGGUGUCUUCGGUAACCUUACGCUCGCCUACGGUGCCGGUAUCGUCAUCCCCGACAUCCAACGCCAGCACAGCGACCCAACCCGCAUGCCCCGCGUUGUGCUGGUUACUGUCGGCUUCGUCUCUGUUCUCUUCCUUGUGCUAGCGAGUACGUCGUACUCGGCUGUCGGCUGCCAGAUCUCGGGUAACCUGCUUUUCACGAUCUACCCGGACAGUGAGACGGGCAUGACGUCGUUGGGUUUCAUGCCGGACUGGGGCAUGGUGGUGCUCGCCUACCUGUUCAUGCAGCUUCACCUCACGAUUGCCUUUGCUGUCAUCCUGAACCCGGCCUUCUACAUCGCUGAGCGUGUGCUCCUAGGCAUGCACAAGAAGAAGGCGGAGGACAUUGAGAAUGGCUUCGCUUUCGAGGAGAACGCUACCCCGGCUGAACUUGUUACGAAGACCUCGGAGGCUGGUUUCUCCCACAAUUCGGGACGGCAGCAGGGCCAGCGUCGCUCAAGGAUGUCGUACGUGUCGGUGGCCGACUCGGAGCGUGUGCACAAGGACAACGAGGAGGAAGAAGCUGCGGAGUAUACCGGCGCGAACGUCAUCAAGUACAUCAUUCUGCGUUGCAUCAUUGUCGUCAUUCUGGUGGCCAUGGCCAUUGCCUUCAAGGACCACUUCACCGAGUUUGCCGACUUCGUUGGCGCCUCGUGCAUCACCACGAACUGCAUCCUGCUGCCCGUCCUCUUCUACCUCAUCAAGGCGUGGGAACGUGUUCCAAUUUACGAGAAGGUGGCGGCUAUUAUCGUUUUCGUGGUUUGCUUCAUUUGCGGCUGCUACGUCACCUACACGAACGGCAAGGAGCUGUUCGAUCCAUCGGACAGCGAGAAAGCCUUCCCGUUCUGUCACGCGGAUUUCGAGAACACCGUCUACUACAACUACACGGCCGAACACCUUUAGAGUAAGAUAUUCUUUCUUAGCCUGAAGGCUAAGGAUUAGUAUAAUCAACAUUGACACGUCAUGUUUUUUUUUUUUAAGAUUUUGC